UUUAUUAAUCUAUUCUACACAAAAGUUCCAGACCUUAAUCAACGAAGCAGCUGUUCCACUAAACUCCACCUAUGGCCGAGUCAACUCGCUCCGUGCCACCUAACUCACCAGCACCUCCGUCUACCACCACAUCAUGGCGGGCGGGGCUGUUCCUCUCCGCUGUGAUCACCGUCCUCAUAUCCUUACUCUUGGUCCACCUGGAUACCUUUGAUGCUGCUCCAUAUUCCUCCGAUGAGUUGGCUAAGAGACCCAUAUCCGUGCUACCUCGGGUCAACCCGCGGGUGCUCCAUGGGUCUGAAAAGAUCGGGGAGGGUCAGUUGAAGGGACCCGAAGACAUUGUGUUUGACCCCAAGUUAGGGGUUAUGUACACGAGCUGUGGUGAUGGGUGGAUUAAACGAGUCACGUUGAAUGACUCGGUGGUGGAGAACUGGGUUAACACCGGUGGUAGGCCUCUUGGACUCGCUCUUGGUUACUCCGGUGAAGUUUACGUUGCUGAUGCUUUUAAGGGAAUCCUUAAAUUAACCGAAGAUGGUGAAAUAGAAGCACUGACAGACGAGGCCGAGGGCAUAAAAUUUGGGACUACAGACGCCGUGACAGUUGCAAAAAAUGGUGUACUAUACUUCACUGAUGCGUCCUGGAAAUAUGAUUUGCAUGAUUUUGCAUUAGACAUACUUGAAGGCCGGCCUUAUGGUAGGCUCAUGACCUAUGAUCCAUCCACAAAGCAGACCAAAGUGAUUGCUCGCGAUCUCUACUAUGCUAAUGGCGUUGAAAUGUCCCCGGAACAAGAUUUUGUUGUAUUCUGCGAAACACCAAUGAUGAGAUGUCGUAGAUACUACAUACAUGGGGAAAAGGAGGGCUCGACGGAUGUAUUUAUUGAUAGAUUGCCGGGUAUGCCCGACAAUAUCCAUUAUGAUGGUGAGGGCCACUACUGGAUUGGGAUUGCCGCGGAGCAUACACACGAAUGGGAUCUUGCACGCAAAUAUCCUUAUAUUCGGAAGCUUUUAGCGUUUUUAGAAAAGUACUUAAAAAGACCUUCAGUAGAGAAAAAUGCAGGAGGGGUUGCCGUUGAUUUGAACGGGAAUCCAAUUGCGCGAUACUACGACCGUGACUUGAAAUCUGUUACUUCAGUGAUAAAGAUCAGGGAACAUUUAUAUCUUGGAAAUCUGGUCAAGUCCUUCAUUAUCCGACUCAACCUUACGCAAUAUCCUGCUACCGCACCCUCUUCCACAAUGAUAUAAUGUUAGUUUUGAGCCGUCGAUUUGUACAACCAUCAAUAUCAUUUACCAAAUACAAAAAAGGAUUAAAUUUCCUUUACAGAUUACGCUUGAAGAUGUUCCAGUCAAAGCUUGGUCAACAUUUAGUUUUACAGUUAGUCACUUGGUGAGUGUUACACUUUUGAUUUGUACAUGUAAACUUUAUGAAUAAGUGAUGAUGUAUUGAUGAAAUAAUAACAAGAAAUGCAAUAAAUGGUCACCUAAAACAUUGUUCACAA